AUGGCCCCAAUUGAACUGGCAGGCCGCUCUGGAGGCGCCAUGACUAGCAUUUUGCGAAGAGCUGGAUCCGGCUCCGCGGCCGGAGCUCUGAACCGCACAUUAUGCGCUUCUUCGACCCGGCGAUUCUCGAGCGUCAAGUCCCUGCCGCCGACGUACGAGAAGCUCUUCAACAGAUACACCGAAGUGCGCCGAGUCCUGGGCAAGCAGCGCCUGACGCUCGCUGAGAAGAUUCUGUACAGCCACCUGGACAACGUCGAAGAGUCACUUCUGACCAACACGGACAAUGGGCGCAGCAUCCGCGGCAAGGCCAAUCUGCUGCUGAAGCCCGACCGGGUCAACAUGCAGGAUGCGUCUGCGCAGAUGGCCCUUCUGCAGUUCAUGUCGUGCAAUCUGGAGAGGCCGGCCAUCCCUGCGAGCAUCCACUGCGACCACCUGAUCGUGGGCGCAAAGGGCGCGGAGAAUGACUUGUCGACGGGCAUCCAGGCCAACAAGGAGAUUUUCGACUUCUUGGAGUCUGCGGCGCGCAAGUACGGCAUGGACUUUUGGCCGCCUGGCGCGGGAAUCAUUCACCAGACAGUGCUGGAGAACUAUGCGCUGCCGGGUUUGAUGAUGCUGGGCACUGACAGCCACAGCCCCAAUGCUGGCGGUCUCUGCACAGUCACGAUUGGUGUUGGAGGUGCUGAUGCCGUUGAGGCCCUGGUUGGCGCCCCGUGGGAGCUCAAGGCGCCCAAGGCUCUUGGUGUUAAGCUCACUGGCAGCCUGAACAACUGGGUUGCUCCCAAGGAUGUCAUCUUGAAGCUGGCUGGCGAACUGACGGUUCGCGGCGGCACUGGCUCCAUCAUCGAGUACUUUGGCCCAGGCGUUGACACGCUGAGCGCUACUGGCAUGGCUACUAUUUGCAACAUGGGUGCCGAGGUUGGCGCAACCACAUCCCUCUUCCCUUACACUGAAGCUUCUGCUCGUUACCUCGAGUCUACCCGUAGAGGCCAGGCUGUCGAGAACAUCAAGGCCCUGCAGAGCUUCCCCGGAAACAGCGCCUCUGAGGACUCCCGCUUCCAGUUCAAGGCUGACGAAGGCGCCGAGUAUGACCAGCUCAUCACCAUCAACCUCUCCGAGCUGGAGCCCCACGUCAACGGCCCCUUUACUCCUGACCUGGCUACCCCCCUGUCCAAGUUUAAGAAUGUCGUCAAGGAGCAGCAAUGGCCUGAGAAGCUGUCUGCCGGUCUCAUCGGCAGCUGCACCAACAGCUCCUACGAGGACAUGACCCGCGUGGAGAGUCUCCUCAAGGAAGCUGCCGACGCUGGUCUUAAGCCUGCUGCUGAUUUCUACAUUACCCCCGGUAGCGAGCAGAUUCGCGCCACCUUGGAGCGUGAUGGCACUCUCAAGACUUUUGAGGCUGCUGGCGGUGUGUUGCUGUCCAACGCCUGUGGUCCUUGUAUCGGCCAGUGGCAGCGUCAGGAUGGUGUUACCAAGGGAACCUCCAAUGCUAUUCUCACCUCGUACAACCGCAACUUCCGCGGUCGAAACGAUGGCAACCCCGAAACUAUGAACUUCCUUGCCUCUCCCGAGAUUGUUACCGCCAUGGCUUUUGCUGGCUCAACCACAUUCAACCCCAUGACCGAUACUAUCAAGACUCCCUCUGGCAAGGACUUCAAGUUCUCUCCCCCUCACGGUCUUGAAGGCCCCCAGACACCCUUUGAAGCCGGCGUCCCCUCACUCGGUGUCCUCUCUCAGCAGCCCGACCCCAGCAUUCAAGUCGCCGUCUCCCCAUCUUCCGAUCGUCUCGCCUUCCUCGAGCCGUUUGCCCCUUUCCCAGAGUCCGACCUCUCCGGCCUCCGCGUCCUCGUAAAGGUCACCGGCAAGUGCACCACCGACACAAUCUCCGCCGCCGGCCCCUGGCUCAAAUACAAGGGCCACCUCCCCAACAUCAGCACAAACACCCUCAAUACCGCCACCAACGCCGAGACGGGCGAGGUCAAUGCCGCCUACGACCUCGACGGCUCCAAGCACACCAUCCCCGAGCUCGGCCAGCUGUGGAAGGAGCGCAACCAGGAGUGGCUCGUCGUCGCGGAGCACAACUACGGCGAGGGAUCGGCCCGUGAGCACGCCGCCCUGCAGCCCAGAUACCUCGGCGCGAGAGUCGUCCUGACAAAGUCCUUUGCGCGCAUCCACGAGACGAACCUGAAGAAGCAGGGCGUUGUGCCGCUGACGUUUGAGAACGAGGCUGAUUACGACAAGAUUGGAGCUGGUGACGAGGUCAGCACUGUGGGACUGUAUGAGAUGCUCCGCAAUAAGGGCAAGGGAGAUGUUCAGCUCAAGGUCAAGAAGACGAGUGGCGAGGAGUUUUUGAUCCCGACGAAGCAUGCUGUUAGCAAGGACCAGGCGGGAUUCAUCUUGGCGGGCAGUGCGCUGAACUUGCUGUCCAAGGGAGUAUAAAAGUUGAACCAGGGUUAGGGUUUAGCGACUGGGAGCGGAUAUGGUAGAAUGAUUUGAGGGGGAUUGGGGAUGGGAAAUAGGGUAUGUAUAAUGCUAUUCUUUGUAUAUAGCAGUAUACCUAGGGCACAGAGCCAAGUUAUUGAUUUCUUGUAUAACUA